AGUUGCGAGUUCGAGUCUCGUUCCUAACUUUCAUUAAAAAAAAAGAUAGUAGUACUACUCCCUGUAUAAGAUGUGCUCAUAUUACGGCUACAUGUUAACACAGACCCAAAAAGAAUGUCGACAUAGUAGCGUUAUAUAUGAUAUAGUUGGACUUGACCAUAUCCCAAGUUAAGUACUAUAUAUAUAGUAUAUAGUAGAACUUGCCGUUUAAUUUGUGGAGGAACUGAAGCAGCGAACACUGCCUUUUGAAAAUCUUGAUCUGUCUCUCCCAUAAUAUAAACAUCUGAUUGCUCCGGUUUGGUAAGGGUUAACAAAAAUUAAGGGGUGUUGAUCUGAAUAAUGGAACGCGUGCCAGAGGAUUGUUUUGCACACAUUUUAUCGUUUGCAUCCCCACAAGAUGCGUGUAGUUUGUGCCUGGUUUCAACGACGUUGCAGUCAAUGGCUGAUUCAGACUGUGUGUGGGAAAAGUUUUUGCCACUUGAUUGUCAAGAAAUUGUUUCAAGGAUCGUGAAUCCUUCAUUGUCGUGCUCCUCUAAUAAGAAGCACGUGUUUGUCACGUUAUGUAGACCACAACUAAUUGAUGGCGGUAACAAGAUAUUCUGGAUUGAAAAAAAUUCAGGAAAAAUAUGCUACCAGUUGAGUGCAAGGGAGCUUUCAAUUGCAUGGGGAAAGUGCCCUCUAUAUUGGUCCUGGAAACCAGUUGAAGGCUCAAGGUUUGAAGAAGCUGCUGAACUAAGAACGAUUUGCUGGCUAGAAAUGAAUGGCAGCAUAAGCACUGGAAUGUUAUCUCCCAAAACAUUAUACGGUGCGUAUCUGAAAGUGAAAAUAGCUGAUCGUGCCUAUGGCUUGGACUCUUUACCAUCACACGUGUCGGUUGAACUUCCCAAUUACAAAUCACAUGGAACUGUUUAUAUACGACGCCCCUCACAUACACAUGAAGAAUGGUUGGAGAUUGAGUUGGGGAGCUUCUAUACUGGGCUGGAUAAAGAGGUUGUAAAAAUGGGCCUCAAGGAGGUCAAAGGCGUCCACUUGAAAGGUGGGCUUAUUGUUGAUGGAAUUGAAAUAAGGCCCAAAAUGGUCUAAACAAGGCCCAAAAUCCCAAAAAAGGGUGAAACAGGUUUUUCUCACACCGGCUUUCCCGUGUAACCCUAGCAGUGCUCGGUGUUUAUAAAUGCAGGGUGUCAAUACCGUAUGCCACCAAAUGCAGCACUUUCAUUACUUGGUUUGCUGGUUAUAUGAUUGUUCCUGUGAUUAUGAGGUCAAUUUUGUUCAGAUUUAGCAAGUUUAAUUUUGUGUAUGGCAAUGAUGAUAAAUGUGAAUCCCAGCUCAUUAUGAGGCCUUUUCCAAGGUCCGGGAAUGGAAUUAUCCACAUCUAUCUGAGCUUCUAUACCUACUCUCCAGUUAAGUGUUAAUGUGUUAUCUUUUGUUCCUUCUUAUUUAAUCAGAUUCCUACUGGCUCCAACUCUUUGUCAAGUUUUGCAAGAAAUCCAUGGUUUAUCACAUCAUUUCAUUUUUAUUCUAUUAGUCUAACUAAAUUAAUUGUUUGUGUAAAUUACACAUUAAAAUAAUAUAUAUACAAUCAUAGGUGGA